AUGGCCCAAGAAUCAACUGCAUCUGUAUCAGAGACGAUAGAAUCAACAGCGAAUGGCACCCAAGACUCCUUACUCAUUCAAUUAGUGAAGCAGGAAAAUGAGAGCGGGGCCCUGGCUCCACAUCCAGAUCCUGCCAUUGAGAUGAAAGUGGAGCAAGACACCAUCAUGGCUGAAGCAGCUCCAAUAUGCAAUGAACCCAGUCUGAUGAGUGAUUCAGCAGUGAAAAUAGAAACCGUUGAAGGAACAGCAGCAGCAGCAACAGCAGCACAGAAGGAUGAUACCCCGGUUGAGCCAGCAUUGUCGUCGUCGUCGUUGUUAUCAUCGGAUGUUUCGGUUGAACCACAACAGCAACCACCAUCAGUGCAACAACAACAACACCAACAACAACCCGUACAACCUCAACAAUCCACUGUACAAUCCGAACGACCUUCUUCACUAAUUACUCCUGAUACCGCCUCCAUGUCUACUACAACCGCAACCACAUCUGUAAGCUCUGAGUCUGUCAAUGCAUCAACAUCAAAUCCUGUUCCUGAUCCUGCUGCAACUACGACUGAGAAUACUGCAGCCCAUGAGCCUGCUACACAGCAUGCUGAUUUCAUUCCUGCUUCAACAGGGCAACCAGCGCAAACUGCCAAUGUUCAAGCUACACAAAUGCCAGUCAGCGUUCAUGCGCAGAAUGCAAUUUCUCAAACAACAACACCUGCACAGACAACAGCUACUACAACAGCUACAGCUACAACAACCACACCUACUACGCAAGCUGCUACGACCCAGUCAACAAUACCAACGCCAGCACAAGCUACACAACCACCGCAAUCGCAAGCAGCCACAGAUGCCACUCCUCCUACUCCCACCACAGCUUCCACCACCACAGCGACUACAGCGACUACUUCACUCCCAGUUGCUACACCACCCACGCCUGCUCCCGCUCCUACUCCAAUUACAACAUUUGAAGAAAUCCAAAAACAAUUGAAAAAUACAUUAGAUCAUGUGGAACAAAGAAACAUGGUCAGUGGAUUCCAAACACUGAGUAAAGCUACAGGUGCUGUGGUGGAUCACUGCGAACAACUAGGUUUAACAUCGGAUGAUCACCCUUACAAUGCCAUAGAUAGAGAACAAUUUUGGGCUGGACUUAACAAUUGCUGGUUAUAUGCACUUGCUCAACGACAUGAACCUAGCAGUGAUGCUGAACGUUUGACAGAUCAACAUUUAUACAGUCUACGAGAGAUGGUCGUGUCCUGGGCAGAUAAGCUGGAGCGAUUCGGUCUGGUGGAUUAUGAGAUGGGAUGGUGGGAGGCAGACAUACUGGCGGCUAUUGAUGGCAUCUUGGCUAUGAAUUAUGCUGCUGCUCAGGCUGCUGCCCAAGCAGUAGUGGCUCAAGCCGCUGCUGCACUUUUUGGAGAAGACGUUAAUAUGUAA